AUGAAAAAGCCAGCACAAGGAAAAUGGCUCGAUAUGGCAAAGUGGCCGUUAUAUCUUACUUCACGUUCAGUUUGUAUUCCAGGAGAUAGCCUAGAGAAGCACCCUAAAGAUGUUCUGGUGAAUCGGCUCGAUGUGGACAGUCACUACGUAUCUGCGUUUCAAACUCUGUUCGGUCAGACAGACACUUCCCUUGACGCUCAAGCUCAUUCUUGUAGACGAGUAGUAGCAAGUAUGGAGAAUGUGCUACUCUGGGAUGAAAUAAAAGUUAACAAAUGGAUGGCCUCAAUUGGGUACUCCGUUUAUGAGAAGAGCUUCAGAGAGCAAGGAAUUACGGGCGAUGUACUAGUCAAUCUCGACCACGAAUCUCUCAAGGAUCUCUCUGUACAUUCACUGGGACAGCGCAUUGAUAUGCUUAAAAACAUUUACCAUCUCAAGUCGCAUUACCGCAUACCAGUAAAUGAAUGGGAUUAUGUUCCACCAAGUGUCUUGUACGAAAAGGAUUGGCUUGGACAAAAUGGAUUGGCCGAUUAUCGUAAGAUAGAGGCUGCUUUUCAAGAGAGAGAUGCCCAUAUCAAGCGACUAGCAGAGGAUCUCUAUAGGCUGAAUAGUGAUAUGUAUCGACUUAAGGACGAUAUGACGCACGUGUUGAGAAUGGGAAAGGAGAAGAAGGCCGGGUCGAUGUAUGAAGCUGAGAAAUCACCUUCAACUCCACCAGUCCAAAAGGGACAUGCCUAUUUGAUUAGUAGCUCCAACAAUACGGGUACAAAUAAUAGCUCUAGUAGUCUUACAGCCGCCAAUAGCUCACAGCCAAAGCCAUUACAUAUGCUUACUCCACCAACGUCCCAUUAUCAAGUACAUUCGGGAGACUAUUUCCAAACAACCCCCUAUUGCUCCGAUGGCACAAAGGCCACAGACGAUGCUAAACUUACUCCAAGUGUCACCAUUAAUGAUGGAGGAGCAAUCAAAGUCUAUGGUGAAAAGAUAUCCAAUAAUAGCUCAAAAGUCGAAAUGGAAUCCUCGAAAAAUGUGCGAUUACUUCUUGAUGAUCCAUGUUCAAAAGUCAUCACCUCUGCUCUUAAAAAGUAUAAUGUAGCUGACGAUUGGCAACAAUACGCAUUAUGGAUUCAAUAUGGGCCUCAUGAUAACCUUCAAGAACGUGCUCUUGGCUAUGAUGAAAGGCCACUCAGAAUAUCACAAAAGUUCAAAGAAGCCAAACAAAAUCCAGUAUUUGUAUUAAAGCAUGUAAAGGACAACAAAGUAUUUUUUCCUACGGCAGAGAUGACCAAUAAUGCCAACAAUAACAAAUCAGAAAAUCUCAGUAGCUCUUAUCCUUCACGACAACCCCAUCACAUAGCGAGCUCGUUUGUCUCACCAAGGCCGGCCCCAAAACCAGCCCAGACACCUUAUUUGCGAGAAAAUACACAUCCUCUUGAUGACGCGACUACCGCAUCAAAAGAACAUAAUGAGCGGCUUGGGAGCUCAUUGAAUCCACAACAAGGCUCGUAUGCAAACUAUGGCUGGAAAUCCAAUGAGAAGCGUACGGGUGAUAACCCAAAAACAGCCAUCACUACUGGACGAGUGGGCUAUGAGAUGGUUGUUCCUGUCAUGUCGUCUUCUAUAUCUACACCUACACCUUCAUCAAUCCCGGGUAGUAUUGGGUCAUCCAUGACACUCACUCCCUCAAUAUCCAAAAGAGGUGGGACGAUCAAUGCUAAAUCGACGGAUAGCCUACUCAGUGAACUUGGACUAGACAGUGGGGUAGCUAGUGCUAUCUACUCAAUUAUGAUGGAGGAUGACAAGAAUAUGUGAUUCUUUAUGGGUUUCUCCGACCCGAAAUCUUAUUUUGUAGAAAGGAUAUUUGUAUCCUGACAUUGAUCUGCUUAUAUGCUUUAAUUAUUUUACUUUACUUUGCUUUAUUUCCAUAUUUUGCUUUAUUUCCAUUCCCAUAUCCAUUCUUUUACCUCAUUGAAGUUUCCAGCCAUGUUUAUAGCAUCGAAUGAUCAAAUCCAAACGGAGCGUAUUGCAUCACGAUUAUAGCUUAAAUUACCAUUUGGAUGAGUAACAAUUCAAUUAU